AAGGAACACUAUGAAAACAGCAGAAGAUGUCCUCCUUGUCCUCCAGUGAAUCUAAAAUCUCCCUCUCCCCUCCUAUAGAGAGGAUUGAAGUUCUGAGCUCCCCUGUUAGCAAGAGACCCAGAUCUUUAUACUCACAGAUCUCUACUAACAAAAAUGCUGCUCUGAAAUGUCAGUUUUGUUUGGAGUGUUUUGAUCUAUACGAUAUUUUUGAUCACAAGGAUGGACUAUCAUCCUACGUAACAGUGAGCGUCAGCAAUGAUUCCGGUAAUAACCAUGGCAACCAUGGUAGCCUAGGUAAAAGCCCUGGUAAAAAGUGGGCUGUUAUUGGUCGGACCUACAUUGUUGAGAACGAUUGUAACCCUCAAUUCCACGAUAAAGAGUUUGAUAUAAACGAUGUGGUAGUAGACGCAGGAUUAGUCCUCAUUCAGACCUACGCUCUACAUCCCGCUAAUAGUAUG